AUCCUGCGCACCACCAUCUUAGUAUCAACAACACUUCAUCCGAGACUUACCAGUUCACUACGAUCUCAGAUUUCAUCAUAAUUCAUUGAAGACUUCGGCGAGAGCACACGCCUAACAACCCACGACCACACAUCAUACAUCACAAUGGCACCGGGCGCCAUCUACGAAGAGCCCAACGUGGCUGAAAACUUCAACGACCAUCGCGAUGGACUUGCCCUUGAGGCUACAUCAGACGCAGUAGACGAUGUCAAUGUUCUCAAAGCCGCCAUAAAGGUCAAACAGGGUACUGCUACGCAAGAGGAGAAGGACAUAUACGCCCAGUCCCAGUUCGACUCCGAGAAGGACAAGACACAAUUUCGCCAAUACGAGGAGGCAUGCGACCGUGUCAAGAACUUCUAUCGCGAGCAGCACGAGAAGCAAACUGUUGCCUACAAUCUAAAGGCCCGAAACCAUUUCUACGGCAAGACGCGUGCUGAGAUGACCAUCUGGGAAGCCAUGGAGAAGCUCAACACACUGAUUGACGAGUCUGAUCCUGACACUUCCCUUUCACAGAUCGACCAUCUGCUCCAGUCCGCCGAGGCCAUCCGCCGUGACGGAAAGCCUCGUUGGUUCCAGCUUGUCGGUCUGAUUCACGACCUUGGCAAACUCCUUUUCUUCUACGAUGCUCAGGGUCAGUGGGAUGUUGUCGGUGACACAUUCCCCGUUGGCUGCGCUUUUGACAACCGUGUCAUUUAUCCCGACACGUUCAAGAACAACCCCGACUAUAACGACGCUAUCUACAGCACAGAGCACGGAAUCUACGUUCCCGGCUGUGGUCUUGAUAAUGUCAUGCUGUCAUGGGGUCACGAUGAGUACCUCUACCACAUCAUGAAGGAGCAGUCGACUAUCCCCGACGAGGGUUUGGCCAUGAUCCGAUACCACUCUUUCUAUCCCUGGCACAAGGAGAAUGCAUACCGCUGGAUGAUGAACGAGAAGGACCACAAAAUGCUGGAGGCCGUCAGGGCGUUCAACCCUUACGAUCUGUACAGCAAGUCCGACGAAGUACCUAAGGUCAGCGAGCUCAAAGAGUACUACCUCGACAUCAUCGACGAGUACAUUGGCAAGGAUAAAAAGAUUAAGUGGUAGUUGCCACCCGAUUUACAUAUUUGCGUAUUUUGAUAAUGUUACAUAGCGAUACGGUGUGCCAAGAGGCCCGUAAAUGAACUUGAAUUCUUCCUUCUCACUAAUCAUCGAGCUAUUUUUGAUUUGUCGUGUCGGCGAGUGACCGGAUUGUGCAAGGUGCAGGUGCGACCCAUCCAA